AUGUUCAACCCAAGGUCCCUACGGGGCUCCAACCCCUAUGACACAUGCUCACCAACGCCGGCUGUAUACCACAGGCUUAUGACAAUGCAUCCAACAAAUACACUGAUAGACACCAAGUCUGUGUCAACAAUUGUGCUUCCCAGUGUAUCAGGAGAAGAUCAAGACACAACUAGAGCUUGGUUUUGUCCGAGUCCGUCUGCUUCUGUUUUCGAGGACAGCCGGGUUCCAUUUUUCGCCGGGUUCUCAGAAGAUUUAACUGUGCAGCGUGACGUUAUACGUCCAGUUACUCCUGCAGAAUCUCCCAAUUGGAUAGUGUAUGACACUCAUGAAGCAGACAGUCAUACUCCCCCCAGUUUCUCGCAUUGGAAGAAUGCGUCGCAGUCUGACUCAAGGCCAGGCAUACUGAGGGUAGUCUCAGACCCGCGGACUAAGGUUCUGAAGAACGUUUGCAACACUCCUCCCAGAUCUCCUGCGAAGAAGAGUCGGCGUCAAAGCCUAGGCUCUUAUGUCAGCAAGUUGCGAAGAAGAGAUCAAUUGAUCAAGAAACUCAAGAGUCACUAUCCGAGACGCACCGGUAGGAUCUCGAAGCACGGAGAAUUGCCUUUGCCGCAUCGUUCAGCUCUGCUCCCGGUCUCAAACUCAAAUCAAGCUUCUGGACUUGGACAAGGACAUUCUAGGCAGUCGGUCAGCAGUGACCUAAACGUGACUGCUUUGUCGCCCGGGGGCCCAGUGCAGAGGACCCGCCAGACAGUGGAUUCAAGCAGAGGGGGCAGCGUGCGCUCCUCUCUGUUAGCUUUCUGGGACUGGCUUGUUUAUGCGCCUGAGAACACGACCCCAAUCCCCACGCAGCAACACGAAAGUGAGAAACACGCAAAAUAUCCCACCUCUCAGACACCUUCUGCUUCAUCUUCUCACCAUAUCACUCCUCCUUGUCCUCUUGAACUCAAGACUUUCACCACCGCUACUUCGCUGUCAAAGGACAAACGGACCCCUACACCUCCUCCGCUUUCACAAGAAAAAGCUUCCAUUGUAUCUCCCCAGAAAAUCAUCCCACCUUCCGGCUUUUCUGCAAGGGAAAAGCCUCUACACCACCGUAAGACAAACCUUCACAGGAUGGCUGCCGACAAGCUUUCUGUCCAAGAUCCCUUCCAGGACCCUCGAACUCCUGAAAGACGUUACACUGGGCCAUCUGGCACUACCCUUAGUGAAGAUUUCUCCAUGGAGAGUAAAUCAGAACGUCCAUGUGGAAACGUCAACCAUGACGAUGAAGAAAACUUGUUGCUGUCUCAGAGAUCUCAGGUCUCGGCCUCUCGCUCUACCUCAUAUUCCAUCGACAGUAACAAGCGCUCUCGGAUCCCGAUGGCUACUUACCACCGUAGAACACCGGCAGGGCCAUCUCCACUGGAAAGAGAGUUGCAGAGUCCCAGCGCACAGCGCAGUGCGAUACCUGUGCCGGUUCAAAAGCGCAGUGCAUCGUCUCCUGCUUGUGCCUAUGAAGUCACACUUACAGAGCUAUGUAUCGGAAAAGCUCCUUUCGUUGACGCUCCUUCCACUCUUAGUACCCAGUCAUCAGAGGGGUUGUUAGGUGCUACUACGUCCAAUGUCGUACCUACUACUGGGAGAGGGCAUACUAUCUCUACCUACUCGUCUGAUGAUGAUUUGAACAUCGAUGAGGAGACUCCGAAGCCACGACGUACCGUCUAUACCGGCGAGUAUCGUACCCCCGUGGCCGAAAGAACUGCCCAGCGCAUCCAUGGUCCAAGACUGAGAAUUUCUUCAUCCGCAGAUGAGGUGUUGAGAGGUACAGGAUCACAGUCUGUUGGAUACAUAUCAAGCCAGGGCUCUGACUCUGGAGAGAUCCAAUCUAUUGACAAGUCAUCUUCAUUUGAAAGAGGACAAGAUGGCAUUGGUGAUACUCCGGGCAAUGGUCGUCACCCCGUCAAUUCGAAUGAGCAAGAAGGCUUCGAGUCAUGCGUGGAAACUCAAGGGUUGGGCGAAGAGACCAAGGCCUAUGAAGGCAAAUUAGCGGCUCCAGCCCCGAAGAGCGUGCUGUCAGGGCAGAUUCGGUCACAGGCUUCGGUCACCAAAGCUUCUCCUCUCGAAUUGCAGGCAAAUGACAAUCUACUUCCCAUCGCAUCUCCAUGUCUGAAGAAGGGACAAGAUCACACUCCGCCCAGUAAUGAAAGUCAUCACGAUACUCAGCACAUUGCGGACUCUCACAUCGGCUCUACAGUUGAAUCUUUCAGAGUUCAAAGGACCGCAGCUCUUCACUCACACCCCGUCAGAUCGUCAUCAGUGGAGGCGAUGUAUGAGUUCCCGAUCCAGGACACUGAUCCUCUCAAAUCGAACCCUUCAAAUGGAACGGAUCAAGCUGCGACAUUCGAAAAUAUCUUGUCUAAGUCUAUUGAGAACCCGAGGACCUAUAUCGACGUAAGGGUACAGAAUCCUGCCCCGCGCAGUGAGAGGAAGAUUUUCAGUAUUCGAAACAUGUUCAAGCCUCGCGCUGGUGCCGACAAAGAGCUCAUAAAUCCCGACAAUGGUGGCAGCAUUCAAAAGACCCCCCCAACUGCGAAGCCAAUUCGAAAGGCCGUGAGUAGCAAGAAUCUUGGCGCUGCCAUGAAGCCAUCGAGCCUUGGAUGGAGCAUAACUCAUUCACGCAAGACUCGCACCGGUCAAAUCUCGAGUCCGAUACAGAUACCUCUCGAACAGCUUCCUGCUGGCUACAAACCUCUCCCUGGUCCUAGCGCCUUUAAUUUGGUGAACGUGGAACGAACUUUACCUACGAAUACCACGGUCCACACGCCCACGGCCGCUGGGUCCCGAUCACGCAGACACGUUGUCACGGCUUCUAGCGGAAGCCCUUACCUUGCCAGACAAGCGUCGGAACUUUCAAGCAAGUCUGUCCUGGCCGCAGCUUCUCCUUCGAGAAUCCCUGUUCUGGUCCACACUGGCGUUCAAACGGAGAACAGGCUUGUCAAACAACGUGUCGGAGCUCACGAUGGAGUACUUGAUCACUUCAUCAAGAAGUACGGUGGGGGGGCUAUGACCCCCCCCCAGCGGGACACUUUCUUGCGGGCGGCUGUAGCCCUAAUACAGCACCUUGAGGGCGUCGGGGCUGCCCAGAAAGCCCUGGACGAGGCGAUUGCCUCGAAAGACAAGAGGCAGUCGGAGAAGGAGGCUGCUGAGGAAGCCCUCGAGCUGUUGUACGAGCAGCUCGAGGGCUUCCUCAGCUAG